ACUCUUAAACCACUUCCAUCCAUUUUCAAAACACAAAUUCCUCGUAUAUAUAAUAAUCCUUAACUCCACCCAUCACAACCUUAAAACCAAACAUUCCAACACACCAUGGAAAAACCAGAAACAACACUCCUUUUAUCACUUCUCUUCCUCUUCUCAUCAUGCUCGUGUUUCACACUCAACAAUGCACACUCAACCACCAUCCUUAACGUCUGGCCCAAACCCAGAAACCUCACGUGGGCCCCACCAUAUCAAGCCACCCUCAUUGCUUCCAACUUCACCAUCACCACCACCACUCCCCACCACAACAAACACCUCUCCGCCGCCAUCACCCGCUACCAAAACCUCGUAAUAUCCGAACACCACCACCCACUUCUCCCCCCAGCAGUCAAUAUCUCCAAAAUCCUUCCACCAUUACAGUUUCUCACCCUCGUCGUCCAAGACCCUGAUGCAGAACUCGUUCAUGGUGUCGACGAGUCCUACACCCUCUCCAUCCUCCCUUCUUCAGCCAUCCUCACUGCCAACACUACGUGGGGCGCCAUACGAGGACUUGAAACUUUCUCCCAGCUUGCAUGGGGUCUCCCCACGUGUGUUGCGGUGGGAGUGCGCGUGUGGGAUUCUCCACUCUAUGCCCACCGUGGGAUCACGUUGGACACGUCGAGGAACUACUACCCCGUGAAGGACUUGUUGAGGACGGUGGAAGCCAUGAGCAUGAACAAGCUCAACGUCUUGCACUGGCAUCUCACCGACUCACAAUCUUUUCCACUUGUGCUUCCCUCUGAGCCUUCUUUGGCUGAAAAGGGUGCUUAUGCUUCUCACAUGGUGUACACACCAGAGGAUGUUAAAACGAUUGUGGAGUUUGGUCUCGAUCGUGGGGUUCGUGUUCUGCCAGAGAUUGAUGCGCCUGGGCACACAGGAUCUUGGGCUUUAGCCUACCCUGAGAUUGUAACUUGUGCAAACAUGUUCUGGUGGCCACCUAGCGGCGAUAUCCUUGCUGCAGAACCAGGAACAGGUCAUUUGAACCCUCUAAACCCCAAGACUUACCAGGUCCUAAAGAAUGUCAUACGUGACACGACCACAUUGUUCCCAGAACCAUUUUACCACUCAGGUGCCGAUGAGGUUAUACCAGGUUGCUGGAAAACUGAUCCAACAAUUCAGAAAUAUCUAUCAGAUGGUGGAACUCUCAACCAAGUUCUUGAGAAGUUUAUCAACAACACUCUCCCUUUCAUUCUGUCCCUCAACCGCACCGUUGUCUAUUGGGAAGAUGUUUUACUGGAUGAAACAGUCCAUGUUUCGUCCACAAUUCUUCCCAAGGAGCAUGUGAUUUUGCAGACAUGGAGCAAUGGACACAACAACACUAAAAAGAUAGUUUCUUUGGGAUACCGCACCAUUGUGUCAUCAUCAGACUUCUAUUACCUGGAUUGUGGCCAUGGUGACUUUGUAGGGAACAACAGUGUCUAUGAUCAGCAGAAUGGGGAUGACAAAGACAACGGUGGCUCUUGGUGUGGACCUUUUAAGACAUGGCAAACCAUAUACAAUUAUGAUAUAGCCUAUGGGUUGAAUGAGGAAGAGGCAAAAUUGGUUUUGGGUGGGGAAGUAGCACUGUGGUCUGAACAAGCUGAUGGAACUGUUUUGGAUGCAAGAAUUUGGCCAAGAACUUCUGCAUUGGCUGAGACAUUGUGGUCAGGAAAUAGGGAUGAAAAGGGUGUGAAAAGAUAUGCAGAGGCCACAGAUAGACUGAAUGAAUGGAGAAGCAGAAUGGUCAAUAGAGGAAUAGGGGCUGAACCAAUUCAGCCCCUUUGGUGUGUUAGGAACCCUGGUAUGUGCAACACGGUUCAUUAAACCUAAUUGCAUUCUUCCUCUGUCAUGAAAUGGAAGGAAAACAGUAAAAAGAAGAUAUUCAAUCAAACCUUUUCUUUUACUUCUAGCAAAAACAGAUACUUAAGUCAAAAUAUAUCUUAUAGCUGUGUAGGAGUCUUUGAAAAAGCUAUUGCUGUAUGAUGAG